CUGGAAGGUGGUGCCAUCGUCGCAGGCGGGGCCCUCGACCUGUUUUCCCGAGAAGCGUUUGGGUUGUUCGCACAGUACGCCGCGGUGGGGGUGAUCUACGGCAUGAUUCCGUCGCUCAACUACCCCAUUUUCAACGUGUACCUCAACUUGGAGGGGUACCAGACGUCGGCGUACAGUCAGUUGGUGACCAUGGGCUGGUCGUUCAAGGUGUUUAUGGGAUUGUUUUCCGACUGCUUUCCCAUCUUUGGCUACCGCCGCAAGUCGUGGAUGUUGAUUGGGUGGACCUUGACCAUGAUCUGCUUGACUGUGAUGACGUUUUCUUCGUUGGGGGACCCGUACUGCGACCGCGUUAAGGCCAAGGCGAUGAACUCAACGGCGUGCUCCCGCGUCUUCUCGCGUGCGUCGGAGAAGGAGAAGGACUUGUUCAACUUGGGCGCUCCGGACCAGGGCACCAAGUUCAUCAUGUUGUCCAUGAUCGUGUCGUUGGGGUACGUCACGGCCGUGUGUGCAUCGGAUGCGAUGGUGACCGAGUACUCGCAGCGCGAGCCGUUGGCUGUCCGCGGCCGUGUCUUGACUGGCAUUUACACGGUGCGCACGAUUUUCGGCAUUAUGGCGGACGUGGUGGUCGGGUUUGGCUUGAACGGCGCCAACUACCUGGGGUCGUUCUCGUUUUCCAUGAGUCCCAACGUCCCGUACGGCAUCUGUUUGGCUCCUUGCGUGCUGGUGGUGUUGUCGACGAUCUUCAUCGUGGAAGAGAAGAAGACGCCGCCGAUUCCGUUCCGGGUGUGGGCGUCGGGGUUCUGGGAGUUGCUGCAGAAGCGUGUGAUGUGGCAGAUUUGCGCGUUCCGGUUCAUCAGCCAAGUGUUCCGCAACAUCAGCUCCACGGCGGACUCGCCCAUGGCCAGUACGUGGGCCAAAGUGGAGCCGCUCAACAGUUCGUUGGCCGGCAUUAUUGCGAGCGGCAUCUUUGCUGGCAUCAUGAUGGUCGUGGCCAAGUGGGGGUUGCACUGGAACUGGCGCUGGUCGAUUGCCAUUGCGUCCGUGUCCGUGCUGGCCCUGGACUCGAUCACCACGUUUCUCACGAUUUGGAACAUCGUCCGCAACCAGUGGUUCUACACGGGGGUGGCGUUGUCGGAGCAAGUUCCGCAGGGCAUCCGCUUUGUCGUGUCCACGUUCUGCGCCGUGGAGAUCGCCGACGUGGGCAACGAAGGGGCCACCUUUGGCUUGGUCACGACCGUGUCCAACUUGGCGUCUCCUUUUUCAGGCAUGCUCACGCGGUACAUCAACUCGUACUUCAGGGUGACCCAGAACGACUUGCGCGAGGACUCGAUCGAA